CCCAGAACGGCUUUCGAACGAAGGCUCCAAGGGCUGCCAAAAUAAUUACGUGUCUCGAUCUAGCCUGAAUCUUCGUCCGCUCGCCUAAUCAUGCCCAAGGUCGUAAAAGCUGAAGGGGAGGAUCCCGAUCCAACCCCAUACUUGUUCGUAUCUCUCGAACAAAAGCGUAUCGAUCAAACCAAACCCUACGAUGCGAAGAAGGCCUGCUGGGUACCCGACGAGAAGGAAGGCUUCGUUCUCGGUGAAAUUAAGGCCACCAAGGGGGAUCUCGUCACCGUCGGCUUGCCCGGUGGAGAGACCAAAGAUUUCAAGAAGGACCUCGUCGCCCAAGUGAACCCCCCCAAAUAUGAAAAAUGCGAGGAUAUGUCAAAUUUGACUUACCUCAACGACGCUUCUGUGUUGCACAACUUGAAGCAGAGAUACUACCACAAACUGAUCUACACCUACUCCGGACUUUUCUGUGUCGCUAUCAAUCCUUACAAACGUUACCCCGUAUACACAAACCGUUGCGCCAAAUUGUACCGUGGUAAGAGGCGUAAUGAAGUUCCACCUCACAUUUUUGCCAUCUCUGACGGUGCCUACGUCGACAUGUUGACCAACCACCAGAAUCAAUCUAUGUUGAUUACUGGAGAGUCUGGAGCUGGUAAGACUGAAAACACGAAGAAGGUAAUUGCCUACUUCGCCACUGUCGGUGCCUCCGGCAAGAAGGAUGACCCCAACACCAAGAAGGGUAACUUGGAAGAUCAAGUCGUGCAAACUAACCCCGUACUUGAAGCCUUCGGUAACGCCAAGACUGUGCGUAACGACAACUCCUCCCGUUUCGGUAAAUUCAUCCGUAUUCACUUCGGUCCCUCUGGAAAACUGGCAGGAGCUGAUAUCGAAACUUAUCUGUUGGAGAAGGCUCGUGUCAUCUCCCAGCAGGCUCUCGAACGGUCCUACCACAUCUUCUACCAGAUGAUGUCUGGAUCCGUCGAUGGAUUGAAAACAAAAUGUAUGCUGUCAAACGACAUUAUGGAUUAUUAUAUCGUGUCGCAAGGAAAAACCACAAUUCCCAACGUCGAUGACGGCGAGGAAUGUUUAUUGACUGAUGAAGCUUUCGACGUACUCGGUUUCACACAAGAGGAAAAAGAUGACAUCUACAAGAUCACCGCUGCCGUCAUGCACAUGGGAGGCAUGAAGUUCAAGCAGCGCGGUCGCGAAGAACAAGCUGAAGCCGAUGGACAAGAGGAGGGUGAACGUGUCGCCAAAUUGUUGGGAUGCGACGUCCAAGACUUGUACAAGAACUUGUUGAAGCCCCGCAUCAAGGUCGGUAACGAAUUCGUGACCCAGGGUCGUAACAAGGACCAAGUCACCAACUCUGUCGGUGCCCUUUGCAAGGGUGUGUUCGACAGAUUGUUCAAAUGGCUCGUCAAGAAGUGUAACGAAACUCUUGACACCAAGCAAAAGAGACAGCACUUCAUUGGUGUACUGGAUAUUGCUGGUUUCGAAAUCUUUGACUACAACGGUUUCGAACAACUUUGUAUCAAUUUCACCAACGAAAAAUUGCAACAAUUCUUCAACCAUCACAUGUUCGUUCUUGAACAAGAAGAAUACAAACGUGAAGGCAUUGACUGGGCCUUCAUUGAUUUUGGAAUGGAUCUGUUAGCUUGUAUUGAUUUGAUUGAAAAGCCCAUGGGUAUCUUGUCCAUCCUUGAAGAAGAAUCUAUGUUCCCCAAGGCUACUGACAAGACCUUCGAAGAAAAAUUGAACAACAACCACUUGGGUAAAUCUGCUCCUUACUUGAAACCCAAACCACCAAAGCCAGGUCAAAUCGCUGCCCACUUCGCCAUUGGUCACUACGCUGGUAAUGUCGGUUACAACAUUACUGGAUGGCUUGAGAAGAACAAGGAUCCCUUGAACGACACUGUUGUCGAUCAAUUCAAGAAAUCCCAGAACAAAUUGCUCGUCGAAAUCUUUGCUGACCAUCCAGGACAGUCUGGUGGUGCUGACCCAGCUGGAGGAAAGGGUGGCAAGCGUGUGAAGGGUUCCGCCUUCCAGACUGUGUCCUCACUCUACAGGGAACAAUUGAACAACUUGAUGACCACCUUGCGUUCAACUCAACCUCACUUCGUGCGUUGUAUCAUUCCCAACGAAUUGAAACAAGCCGGUCUCAUUGACUCUCACUUGGUUAUGCACCAGCUCACCUGUAACGGUGUGCUUGAAGGUAUCCGUAUUUGCCGUAAAGGUUUCCCCAAUCGUAUGGUAUACCCUGACUUCAAACUUCGUUAUAUGAUUUUGGCUCCUGCCAUCAUGCAAGCUGAGAAAGACCCCAAAAACGCCGCAGCUAAAUGUCUUGAAUCUGUGAAUUUAGACCCUGAUCUUUAUCGUAUUGGACACACUAAGGUAUUCUUCCGUGCCGGAGUCUUGGGUCAGAUGGAAGAAUUGCGUGACGACCGUCUUGGCAAGAUCAUCACCUGGAUGCAAGCCUGGAUUCGUGGUUACUUGGCCCGUAAGGAAUACGCCAAGCUCCAAGAACAAAGAGUUGCCCUCCAAGUUGUACAAAGGAACUUGCGCAAAUACUUGCAAUUGCGCACCUGGCCAUGGUGGAAGAUGUGGCAGAAGGUCAAGCCCCUCCUCAACGUCACCCGUAUCGAGGACGAGAUCGCCAAAUUGGAAGAGAAGGCAGCAAAGGCCCAAGAAGCCUUUGAAAAGGAAGAGAAGCUCAGAAAGGAAUUGGAACAACUCAACAGCAAACUUUUGGCCGAAAAGACCGAAUUGUUGGCUAGCUUAGAAGGAGAGAAGGGAUCCCUUUCUGAAUUCCAAGAAAAGACAGCUAAACUCACCGCCCAGAAGAAUGAUUUGGAUAACCAACUCCGUGAAACCCAAGAACGUUUGAACCAAGAGGAAGAUGCCAGAAACCAAUUGUUCCAAUCCAAGAAGAAAUUGGAACAAGAAAUCUCUGGAAUGAAGAAAGACAUUGAAGACUUGGAACUCAGCGUACAAAAGGCCGAACAAGACAAAGCUACCAAAGAUCACCAAAUCCGCAGCUUGAAUGACGAAAUUGCCCACCAAGAUGAACUCAUCAACAAAUUGAACAAGGAAAAGAAAAUGCAAGGUGAAAACAACCAGAAGACCGCUGAAGAACUCCAAGCCUCUGAAGACAAGGUCAACCACCUUAACAAAGUUAAGGCUAAAUUGGAACAAACCCUUGACGAAUUGGAAGACUCUUUGGAACGCGAGAAGAAAUUGCGCGGUGAUGUAGAAAAGUCCAGGAGGAAGGUUGAAGGAGACUUGAAACUGACCCAGGAAGCCGUCGCUGAUUUGGAACGCAACAAGAAGGAACUCGAACAAACCAUCCAACGCAAGGACAAGGAAAUCUCAUCUCUCACCGCUAAAUUGGAAGACGAACAAUCUCUCGUUGGCAAACUCCAGAAACAAAUCAAGGAACUCCAAGCCCGCAUUGAAGAACUCGAAGAAGAAGUCGAAGCCGAACGUCAAGCUCGUGCUAAGGCUGAGAAACAACGUUCUGACUUGGCUCGUGAAUUGGAAGAAUUGGGUGAGCGUUUGGAAGAAGCCGGUGGUGCCACAUCCGCUCAAAUCGAAUUGAACAAGAAACGUGAAGCCGAACUCAGCAAACUCCGCCGUGACCUCGAAGAAGCCAACAUCCAACAUGAAGGAACCCUCGCCAACCUCCGCAAGAAGCACAAUGACGCCGUUGCUGAAAUGGGUGAACAAGUCGACCAAUUGAACAAACUUAAGGCCAAAGCGGAACAUGAUCGCUCCUCCAUGCAGAAUGAACUCAAUAAUAUGCGCUCAGCUGUUGAUGGUUUAGCCAGGGAUAAGGCCGCACAAGAAAAGAUUGCCAAGCAAUUGCAACACAGCCUCAACGAAGUACAAGGCAAAUUGGAUGAAACCAACCGCACCCUCAACGACUUCGACUCCGCCAAGAAGAAGUUGUCCAUUGAAAACUCCGACCUCUUGCGCCAAUUGGAAGAAGCCGAAUCACAAGUUUCACAAUUAUCUAAGAUCAAGGUGUCAUUGACCACCCAAUUGGAAGACACCAAACGCUUGGCUGAUGAAGAAAGCCGCGAACGUGCUACACUUUUGGGCAAAUUCCGUAACUUGGAACACGACCUCGACACCGUCCGCGAACAAGUUGAAGAGGAAGCUGAAGGCAAGGCCGAUUUGCAACGCCAACUCAGCAAGGCUAACGCCGAAGCUCAAUUGUGGCGCUCCAAAUACGAAUCUGAAGGAGUCGCCCGCUCUGAAGAACUCGAAGAAGCUAAACGUAAAUUGCAAGCCCGUCUUGCUGAAGCUGAAGAGACCAUUGAAUCUCUUAACCAGAAAUGCAUCUCCCUUGAGAAGACUAAACAACGUUUGGCCACUGAAGUCGAAGACUUACAAAUUGAAGUCGACCGUGCCAACGCUAUUGCCAACGCCGCCGAAAAGAAACAGAAAGCAUUCGACAAAAUCAUUGGAGAAUGGAAACUCAAGGUUGAUGACUUGGCUGCUGAACUUGAUGCCAGUCAGAAGGAAUGCCGCAACUACUCCACCGAAUUGUUCCGCCUUAAGGGAGCAUACGAGGAAGGUCAAGAACAACUUGAAGCUGUUCGCCGUGAAAACAAGAACCUUGCUGAUGAAGUGAAAGAUCUCCUUGACCAAAUUGGUGAAGGUGGCCGCAACAUCCAUGAAAUCGAAAAGGCACGCAAACGCUUGGAAGCCGAAAAAGACGAAUUACAAGCUGCUUUGGAAGAAGCUGAAGCCGCUUUGGAACAAGAAGAAAACAAAGUACUCCGAUCCCAAUUGGAAUUGUCUCAAGUUCGUCAAGAAAUCGAUCGCCGCAUCCAAGAGAAGGAAGAAGAAUUCGAAAACACCCGCAAGAACCACCAACGUGCACUUGACUCCAUGCAAGCCUCUCUUGAAGCCGAAGCCAAGGGCAAGGCUGAGGCUUUACGCAUGAAGAAGAAGUUGGAAGCCGACAUCAACGAGCUUGAAAUUGCUCUGGACCAUGCUAACAAGGCUAACGCCGAGGCCCAGAAGAACAUCAAGCGUUACCAACAACAACUUAAGGAUGUACAAACCGCCCUUGAGGAAGAACAACGUGCACGUGAUGAUGCCCGUGAACAACUUGGCAUUUCUGAACGCCGUGCCAAUGCUCUCCAAAACGAAUUGGAAGAAUCCCGUACCUUAUUGGAGCAAGCCGACAGAGGCCGCCGCCAAGCCGAACAAGAAUUGGGAGAUGCUCACGAGCAAUUGAACGAACUUUCCGCACAAAACGCUUCAGUAUCUGCUGCCAAGAGGAAAUUGGAAUCCGAAUUGCAAACCUUGCAUUCUGACUUAGACGAACUUCUCAAUGAAGCCAAGAACUCAGAAGAAAAAGCCAAGAAGGCCAUGGUUGACGCAGCUAGGUUGGCUGAUGAACUCCGCGCUGAACAAGACCAUGCCCAAACCCAAGAGAAACUCAGAAAGGGUCUUGAAACACAAAUUAAGGAAUUGCAAGUCCGUUUGGAUGAAGCUGAAGCCAACGCCCUUAAGGGAGGCAAGAAGGCUAUUGCCAAGUUGGAACAACGCGUACGCGAAUUGGAGAAUGAAUUAGACGGUGAACAAAGGAGGCACGCCGAUGCUCAAAAGAACUUGCGCAAAUCUGAACGUCGCAUUAAGGAACUUAGCUUCCAAGCUGAAGAAGACCGCAAGAACCACGAACGUAUGCAAGACCUUGUAGACAAAUUACAACAAAAGAUCAAGACAUACAAGAGGCAGAUCGAAGAAGCCGAAGAAAUCGCCGCCCUCAAUCUUGCCAAAUUCCGCAAGGCUCAACAAGAAUUGGAAGAGGCUGAAGAACGCGCUGACUUGGCUGAACAGGCCGUCAGCAAAUUCCGCGCGAAGGGACGUGGUGGAUCCAUGGCACGAGGUGGCAGCCCAGUGCCCGCAAGAACAGCAGCUCGCCCACAAUUUGACGGAAUGGCUUUCCCGCCUAGGUUCGACUUGAACCCUGACAGCGAGUUCUAAAUUAUUUAUAAUUAAUUUUAAAAAAGCGAACGUGGCUGCCUUGUACAGUAAACAUUAAUAUUUUUUAAAAAUUAUUUAAAAGUAAAAAAAUAUCAGCUCGUUCAAUUGUGCUUAGUAAUGUACAUUUGUAUACUAAUACUAAACAACUGUACAGUCCUAAGCACAUUAUUACAUAUUUUCAUCGACCCAAUAACAUCAAACGUCGCCUGUCAAUUAAAAAUAUCAACAGCAUCACAUCUAAGCUUACCUAGAUAUACUUUCAUUAUUUUGUAAUUACUUUUUUUCUGUCGAAUUAUUAUACAAAUGUGAAAAUUUAAUUUAAUGUAUUUAAUAUAAUAUUCCGAAUGUUGCCAAUACUCAAAAGUUUGAAUAGCACUGUUACUGUGUGAAUCGCCUGGUGAAAAAAACUAGAAUUUAUUUAUAAAAUGGUCUAGUGCAAAAUUUAGAGACACGUAACUUACAACAGCCCCAAAAGAGCGCUAGAGCAAAACACCACGCGAUUUAUACAGUAAUUGUUCUGUGCAUUGUUAUCUAUUGUAUGUGUGACUUAAGUUGUAUACAUGGCUUCAUAAGGCAACAAUAAACAAGUUAAUAUCGUUAUGA